GCUAGUGCCCACACCCCUCCUCCACUCUCAGCUCACAGUCUCCCUUUUUCUCUCUCUGUCUGCUGUGGACCAGUGUUUCUCCUCACCCUUCUUUAACUUCUAAACUGCACCUCUCGUAUUCUGACUUUAAGGGCUUCCAUCUGGAUCUCAGCCCUUUACUUUUCAUUCUUUUGUGGGUGGGGAGGGGGGCGUGGGGACCCUCUGAAAAGACGCCGUGUGUGGUUGGCGCUGUGAGGACAUCCGGUUGUCGUGCCGUCAUCAUUAAACCAAGGGACCAGACUUGACCGCCAUGAAUGUUCAGCUGCUGCUUCUGUUGGCCUUCUGUGCCUUCACACAUGCGAGCCCCACAAUCCUCCCUACAGGCCAUGACGUUCUGGCGACUGACUCCGUAGCAGACGUCACCCUGGACGCCACAGAAGCCAACAAAGAUCUUGACGUGGUCACUGUUCCUCCAUCAACCCACCCUGUGACCGCCGAACAGCAAGAUGUGGUGGACGUCACGACCGAAGCGCCCUCUCCUCAGGUGACGCACGGUACUGAAGAGAACGAAGUUGAAACCGAUACCCCCGCUCCGGCUGCUACUGAGGCCCCUGAACUCCUUAACACCAACCCCCCUGCUGUUGAGAGCGCCCCCACAGAGGCUCCUGAAGAUGCUGAGGUCAUCCCUCAGUGGACGGAAGCUGUCAAGACUGACACGUUCAACGAGGUGGUUGUUGAAGACGACGCAGAGGAGGGCCUGAGCUCGGGCCAGGUCGUCGGCAUCGUGAUUGGCGCUCUGUUGGCAGUGGUCAUCGUCAUCGCUGUAGUGAUUGCUGCCGUGAGGAGGAUGGGAAAAUACUCCCCAUGAAGAAGAAUAAGACGAAGGCGGCCAAGCAGCAGGAGCCAUCAAAGUUCUGGAAAUCCUGAACUACUGAACUGUGACGUCAUAUUCAAUCAUUAAAACAAACAAACAAAAAAGUUAUUAUAACACCAGAACUUAAUGAUUCUAAGCAGGACUCAGAACUGUUGCCCAAAGGAAAAGAUGUGAGGCUAGUCUGUGUGCACAGCAUGUAUGAUAUGUACUGUAUGUAAGACAACAGCGACAUCCCGCUGAUUUACCUCCAUGACCCCAAAGCCAAUGGAGGGAUUCAUAUAAACACAAUGCACAAAGGAAUUUCACAACAAGACGUGAUCUGGCAUCAGCGCUAUAGUGAUGUACUGCAGUGAUUAGAUUAGUUUGUGUGUGUGUGUCUUUUUAAAAUGUUUUUUUUUUUUUCUAUAUAUGGAUGGAUAUUUUUAUUCUGGGGUGGGGAAACUUCCAUUGAGAGUUUGUGAGCUAGGCUAAGUCCUGGUUCAAGAAAAACUGACAUUAAGACUAUAGAAAUAGAUUAAAAGGACCCUACCAAUUUGGAUUCUGGGGUAGUGUGAAUGCUUAAAUUGUAAUUGACACUGUGCAAAGAUAAAUAUAUUUCUUUAACGAAAGUGAAAAACAUUAUGGAGUGCCGUACUUAAGUUUGUAUGUUAGUUAGCAGGCUACUUCCUGGUUCAAGAAGACUGACAAAAAACUUUGGACUUAACCAAAACAGACUCUGUAUUCAUGUGUGAGGAAAAUGCAUUGGUCAGGAUUCACACAGCAGAAAGAGAAAGUAAUGUCUUUAACAAAAGUUACGCCAUAUUUGUGUUCGUUUGUUAGUUAUCAUGCUACUUCUUGGUUCAGAAAUGACGUAAGACUUAAGGCUAAGCCAAAAUAGACGCUACCAAUUCUGGGAUACGGGGGAGGUUUCAAUCAUGACUCAAAUGGCAACCAGAGAAAAUAUCAUGGACAGCUGAAUUUGUGUGUGCCUGCUCGUUGGCUAGCAGGCUACUUCCUGGUUCUAAAAGAAUGACGUAGAAAAGAAUUUGGUAGGGUCCUUUUUGGCGAUUCCUAAAGGUUUAGGAAUCGCCAAAAAGGACCCUACCAAAUUACAUAUUCGUGUAGGUCAAAUGCUUCUAUUGUGAUUUAGACUGCAGAAAAAGUAAUACAUUGCCUUAACAAAAGUGAAAAUCACGUAAUGCCAUAUUUGUGUUUGUUCCUUAGUUAUUAGCAGGCUACUUCCUGGGUUAAGAAGGCUAAGACAAGACUUCAGGUUGAGCCAAAACAGACUCCCAAUUCUGUGACAAGGGAACUUUUCUAUUUUGACUCUAAUGGAUGAAAGGAUAAAUGACAUGGAAAGCUGAAGUUUUGUGCGUGUGUGUGUGUGUGUCCAUCUGUUUGUGAGCUUGCAGGCUACUUUCUGGUUAGAGAAGCGUUUAAGAAGAAGACUUUAGGAAUAGAGAAGAAGGGCUCAAGCAUUAUAGAACUCUACCCAUUCUGAAGCGAUGGGAACUUUGCUAUCGUGAUUCAAAUGCCAAAAAGAGCAAAUAUAUUUCUCUAACAUAAAUGAAAACAUUGUGGAAAUUUGUUUUCAAGAAGUCUAUUUCCUGGUUCAAGCAGCAUGACAUAGACUAUCUGAAUAGAAAAGAAACGAAUCAAGUGAUUUAUAUUCUGGGGAAUGUUUGCUAUCCUGUCUCAAAUGGCAAAAAAAUAAAAGAAAAUAUCCACAUUUAUCUGGAAUUGAAUUAAAUUUCAAUGAGGUUUUUCCUCUGCAUUUGUGGAAUUUUUUUUUAAUGCUAAAUCCUGCUAGCUAACAAACCAACCAACAAAAAGUGAUCAUUUCCGAAUGAGAUAAUUAAUGAAUAAUUAAUUAAUGAUGCAAGAGAAAACUAGUGAGUACGUAACAAUGAUUACAAAUUUGAUGUCUCACGACUCCGUCAAAACUGAUGCUGCGCUUGCAUAAGCUAGCAUUAGUGACUAGGAGACGUGCGGCACAUCCAGACCAAUUAGCAAGCAUUUCGUCAUUUAUCCCCAGUCGCUGACAUUUCGUUGGCAAACUGUAUGAAGCACCUUGUGCAGAAAUGGCCUGGAAUGGUCCAGAGAGUUUAAUUAUCAAAAAAAAAAAAAAAAAAAAAAAAAACCCACAAUGACGUGACAUUCUGCCUCCUUUGACACUGACAUCUAAAAAAGCCUAAUACAUAUCUGUGAUAUUUAGCAGAAGGGUUUGCGCCACUAACACUGGUAGAUUAGAGCCAUGUUAGAGUGCGUUAUCAAUGUGAACCUAAUGUACUUUUUCAAUUGACACCUCUUCUUGAAAACAAAUAGCUGCACUGUUGAAGUCUCACACAUAUCCGCUGUUGUUGUAAUAGCUGAUAAGCAGAAUGGCCGUUCAGUCUUCAAACUGAGUUGAAGUGUAACAGGCCUGCUUUGUUCUCUUUUUUAUGCAUAAAAGGGUGUACAAAUAAUUAAUUCUCCGCUUGGCUUUGCUUGCUUUACAAAACUUACGUAAUGUGCACUGAAUGAGUGAUGUAAUCAUUAAUGAAUAGGCUUAAAGACACAGCAAAUGUUUGCAACGACGUGUUUUGUUUUUCCUUCCUCCUGCUUUGCCAUGUGCCAUUAUUACCAACAGGUCUAAUGUGUGACGUCUGACUGAUUUGAAGCCUUUUAUUUAAUUUCUUUCUGUUCAUAUUGUUUCAUUAAUAAUAAUAAAAAUCAUAAAAACAGCAAA